ACUUUACGUGCAGCUCAAUAUUCUAGCGUAUCUCGUUUAUUUUACAACACCAUUAGAUUUUUAUUUUUAUUUUAAUUAUUAUUUUUCUUGGGUCUGAGACUCCUUCUCCUUGCCCUCUUUAAUUCUUGUUGCACUCACGCCUUCUGACUGAUAAACCAAGCCCUACCAAUUUCUCCACUGAAACUCUGGCAAUGGAAUUCCAAGAAAUUUUCAUAGUGGCAACUAGCACUAUAGGCUUCAUCUCUCUUUGUAAACCCAUCAUCAGUUUUCUCAGAUGGGUAUGGGUCAUGUUUCUGAGACCCCCAAAGAAUCUCAAGAACUAUGGCUCAUGGGCUCUCAUCACGGGCUCCACUGAUGGAAUUGGAAAAGCCCUUGCCUUUGAAAUUGCUUCAAAGGGUCUUAACCUUGUCUUGGUUGGUCGAAACCCUUCAAAGCUUGAAGCUACCUCCACUGAAUUACAUGAAAAAUAUGGUGGGCAAAUUCAGAUUAAGAACAUUGUCAUUGACUUGGCCAAGUUCAGUGGGGAGGAGAUAGGAAAUGCCAUAGAGGAAGGAAUAAAAGGCCUUGAUGUUGGAAUUUUGAUUAAUAAUGCCGGGGUGGCUUACCCUUAUGCGAGGUUUUUUCAUGAGGUUGAUUUGGAGCUGAUGGAGAGCACUAUGAAGGUGAACAUAGAGGGGGCCACUUGGGUGACUAAGGCAGUGCUUCCAAUUAUGCUUAAGAAGAAGAAAGGAGCAAUUGUCAACAUUGGCUCUGCUUCCUCUGAGAUCCUCCCUUCUUACCCUCUUUACACUAUUUAUGCUGCCUCCAAAGCGUGAGUUUUCUUAGAUCUUUGUUUCAUAUUUUGCUUCAUUUGUUUUGGUUGGAGAACGAACCUCUCAAAUGCAUUCUAUAUAUUACACCAGUUUGAUUAAUUUGAAGCCCUUAUUAAAGUUUUGCUGCCCUUCUUAUCAUAAUUUGUUCUUGAACAAUUUGGGAGAAAUUAAACAUUAUGAAAAAAGAUGGAGUUAAUGAGUUACCAUGUGACCUGUCUUGGCCCUCUUGGGAAACCCAAUUCAUCUUAGCUCCUUCAAAUGGGGUCCUAACUAAUUAUGAAGUUCCCUGCAU